AUGAGAAACGAGUGUCUGUUGGCAGCCUUUUGGUUGGCCACGUGUACGAUGGUCAUCGUUGGCCGCGUUGCCGGGGUGGAGUUCGAUCAGAGGCAGCCUUCGUCGUACGGCGAUGACUAUUCUUACUACGGCGAACACAGUGUGGCGGCGCCUGAGAGCGAGGAAGUGUCGGCUCGCACCCAUCACGCAAAACUGCACAAGUUGAAGAAGCUCAAACUCAAGAAGCGUCUGUUGCUGCAGUGCCUGUUGGGGCACGGCCGGCGGCGGCGCGACACGUCCGAGGCUUCCGGUCGAUUCUUUCUUCCGGUCGUAUUGCAGAGCACCAACGUCAACGUGGGUUCCGGCGGCGGCGGAUAUCAGCAGCAGCAACAGUCGCACCACAGCGGAUGCAUGCAAAUGUUCGGCGAUGACAACAAUCACGGUCCACUGGGCUCGCCGCCGUCGUUGGGCUCGUUGGGAUCGUUGGGCUCACCGUUAGGCUCGUUGGGGUCGGCGCUCGGUUCGCUGGGCUCGCUCGGGCCGGCUCCAGUGUCGGAAGAGACGGAAGAGGGCGGCAACCGCAAUUACGCCGCCGACUGGAACAGAUAUGCCAGACAGUUCCGCCGCAACUUUGUCAGGCCGCUGUACCGCUUGUUCUAG